UUGACCGUGAUUAGCUGAAGUAUGCAUACUACUAUAUGUUGGCUUUCUCUUAUAUUCGUGGCUUUUCCUGCAGUCGCUACAGAAGCGGCCGCGGGUGCCGUGUUCAAGCUCGCUACCUUUAACACUGCACUGUUGCCAAGCAAUGUUAUUCGACAGUAUAGUGCAAGAAAAGAAGCUCUGCAGACAGCGUUGGCUGAUUCAUCAGCUGAUGUGGUAUGCUUACAAGAAAUCUGGCGGCAACAAGACAUUCUUGAUAUAGCUAAUACUUCCAGAAGCCGGUUUCCCUACUACCACAGUUUCAAUAGCAUGGGAAUGCGUGGACAGAAAGUGCCUAUUUCAAACACAGCUCCAUGUGAUGUUCUUGACUUUCUCAGAGCAUAUACACAAUGUUUGAACAAAUCGUGCCUCACUGCUUUUUCUCAAGGCAUAGCAGCAGGUGUUUCGUGUGCAUUUGUAUCAUGCAAACUUUACAUGCAAUCACUUGGCCAGUACUGCGUCAAUUGCAUGCUGCAAGCAGAUGUUGGAACAAGUAAUGAUGUUACAACAGCAAUUCAACGUCAGUGCAUAUAUUUGCCAACUGACAACUACGCAACAACCCAUGGCUUACUGCUGCUGAGCAAAUAUCCUCUUAAAAAGAAAGUUGCUGCUACAUAUCAUCCAAAUGAUGUUGUGCCACUCACUCGAGGCUACAUUUCUGCGGAAAUUGAUGGCCUUGGACCUGUCAUGUGCACACAUCUGACAACAGAGGGAGCAUUUCCAAGCUAUUUUGGUCCACCACCGUUUACAUCUUUUGAAGAACUUCAGACAAACGAAACACAGCAGGUAUUAAAGGCAUAUCCUGCAGAUCGAGAAGGUUUUCCACCUGUUCUACUCGGUGAUUUCAAUCAUGGUCCAAAAUCUAACAUACUGGUGGGCGAACAUACAGUUAACUACCAGUUGAUCAUUGACGCGGGCUAUGAGUCACCCUACAUAACCAAAGUUGGUACGUGUACUCUUUGUGCAAACAAUCCAUUAGGAGGUGCAGCUGGCAGCAUGAAGGCAGAUCGAGCGGUAGAUCACAUUUAUGUUGCCAAAGGAAGUAAUGUGACCAACGUGAAGCGAAUUUGGGACAACAAAUUGGCUGUAAACACUUCUGGCGAGGCUCUUCCAAUCUCAGAUCAUUAUGGUGUCCAGCUGUCAUAUCACUACGUGUAUGAAGGGACAAGCAGUGGCAGGAUUUUGUCAUCAAGUCUGCUGAUUGCUGUAACUGGAAUCGUUCUUCACGGGCUGAUCUAAGAAG